AUGAUGCAUGGUCGUGUAAAGGUGAAAACAACUGCGGAGCAACAGGAAGCAAAAAGGAAAGAAAGAGAGAAAAAGUUAAAACUAUACACAGGGGCGACACAGAUGAUCUUUUCUAAAAGGCUUUGGUUAAAGUUAAUUGAUACUUAUACAUUUUAUAUUUUUUUCGUCAUUAUCAGACCAGAGGAUGAGGUGCAUGAGUUAUUUAAGGGAGAGUUACAGUUCUUGGAGGCUUGUCUUAGGUUGAAUCCUAAAUCAUAUGGUGUAUGGAAUCAUCGAUGCUUUGUCAUGGAAACCAUGGCAAAACCUGACUGGAAACAAGAACUACAACUCUGUAAUCUCUUUCUGGAUUAUGAUGAGAGAAAUUUUCAUUGUUGGGACUAUCGAAGGUUUGUUGUCAAGAAAGCUGAAAUUUCUCCAGAAGAGGAGCUUGAGUUUACCACUAACAAAAUUUGUAACAAUUUUUCCAACUUUUCAUCGUGGCAUUACAGAAGUAAACUUUUACCCAUCAUUUAUCCUGAUGAUAGUACGUCAGUGGGUGUUGAGGAAGGUGUACUCAUUAAAGAAUAUGAGACAGUUCAGAAUGCAUUCUUCACUGACCCAGAUGAUCAGAGUGCCUGGUUUUACCACAGGUGGCUGCUUGGUAGAGGUAAGAGGAAGACUGGUGUAGGGUGUAUGAUGGUAGACAGAAUAGAACAGAAGUUAAUGAUUACAACAACACAGCCUAUACUGAUAUCACCUUCAACAUGUGAAGUAGAUGUUAGUGUAAAUGGAGAAAGAGUGGACGGUGUUUGGUGUACAAACAAGAAUCACACAGAUCUGUUCUCUCAUAUAUGGAUAUUUAAAUCGAAAGAUUCGGAGCCAUGGAUUCCCUCCCAGGAAUUAGUAGAGGUGACGGUAGCUGCCGGAGGGGAUGACUGGGGGUCCUCAGAUAGCAUCGAGUUAGAACCACUGCAACAGUGCCAUUGGAUCUUCUCCCAGGAGGAGCAAGGUUCAAGAUUUAGAGAUGAAUUAAGUGCAGCUACGACAGAUACAUUAGAAAGAGAGCUGGAAUCUAUACAGGAACUGUAUGAGGUGGAACCAGAAAAUAAAUGGGUGCUAUUAACUAUUGUGUCAUUAAUGAAGGCUCUAGAUCCAUUAGAACAUCAAGAACAAAUAGAAGAAUUUAUAACAAAGCUGAAGACAAUCGAUCCUGUCAGGCUCAACUACUAUGAAGACCUCAGAAGCAAAUUUACCAUAGAGAAUUACAUUGAAACAGCUGGAUUUUGGUACAAGAGUAUUUCAUCUCUAGACGUAUUAAAGCCAUUGGCACAUACUAAACUACUUAAGCUGUAUUUGUUUGGAAAUCCUGUAGAAGAGAACCUGGAACAUAAGAGAGUGAAGGCAAUCAUUCCAACACUUCACAAUGUUGACGGACACAUGUACUGAUAUCUGUCAGUCACAGGCUCUCACAGCAGUCCAUGUUUAUUUUCUAGGUGUUUAAAGAUGAUUCUAGUGUUUAAUCUAAAUUGACCUUAAUGUUCCUACUUUUCCAUUAUAGGAAGCUAUUUUGGGAUUAAAACUAAAAUAUUUUUUGUGAAUUGUUUGGUAUGCUCCUUAGUAAAUAUAGAAUUAUUAGUACUCUCUCCUUGAGUAGAUAAACAUUCUAUCUAAUGAUUCAAUUGAUGGCUUUUAUUAAUAAAUUAAAUUUACACAUACAAAAAUAGAUGGCUUUUAUUGAUAAAGUAAAUGUACACAUACAAAAAUUGCUGACAGUGGCAUAACACUUCAUCAUUGUGACCUCACUAAAUGCUAAAAAUCCCUUGUUUUCUAGUGUUGUUAAGUACGAGUAUAUUGUUCAAGUAUCUUCCUAGUUGUUUUUACAACAUGCUGCUGGGGAGCCUGAGUGUAUUAAUGUGAAUAACCCUGGUGCUGUUAGUAUUACUAGACUUACAAAUGAUUU